AUGGUUUCUGGUUUUCAGGAACCAAAAGAUUCAGUUCGGUUUUCGGUUUUAGCCCAAAACCAACCCAAACCGAACCGUGCUCACCCCUACCACCAACCAUCGUCGUCUGUAACCACCACAAGCCACCAUCGCCCACAACCACCUCCGGCCACCACUGCCUAUAAUUACCACCAGCCACCGCUACUACAAUCACCACCAGCUAGUCAUCGCCGCCUACAAUCACCACCAGCCACCGUUGCCUACAAUCACCACCAAACACCGUUGUCUACAGUCACUACCAACCACCGCCGUAUACAUUCACAACCAACCGACGCUGUCUACAGUCACCACCAACCGCCACCGCCUAGAAUCACCACCGACCGACGCUGUCUACAGUCACCACCAACCGCCACCGCCUAG